UUUUAGUGACAUAUUUAAAUUCGUUACCAGGCACAGAAAUGCGAAAAUGCAAAAGGAAAUAGAGGACGCCGUCAAGGAGCCGAGAGGCCUUUCGCCAGAACAAGUAUUCAACAUGCCCAUUUCAUCGGCUAUACCUAAGAAACCGAUUUUGAAAUUUGAUGCCCAUGACGGUGAGGUGGAUGCGGUGAAAUGGAGUCCAGUGGACAGACUUGUGGCCACCGGAGGUGGCGACCGCAAAGUCAAGCUAUGGGAUGUCUCAAAUGGUAUUCUGGAGCCUCGAGGCAUUCUGCUAGGCAGCAACCGAGGCGUGAUGAGUGUGGACUUCGACUCGACCGGUACAGUCAUCCUGGGCGCAUCCAGCGAUCAGGCCACGCGCGUCUGGACCGUCGCCGAUCAACGACUAAGGGUGAGUCCCCAUCUCAACCUAACUCAUUUUCAUUCUUAA